AUGGCCGAUAGCCAGAUGCCCUUCUCCUGCCAUUAUCCCGGCAGGCGCAGCCUCCGCGACCCUUUCCGGGAGCCCGGCCUGACCUCGCGCCUGCUGGACGAUGACUUCGGCUUGUCGCCCUUCCCCGGGGACCUGACGGCAGACUGGCCCGACUGGGCUCGGCCCCGGCUCACCACCACCUGGCCGGGUCCCCUGCGCGCCGGCCUCGGCCGCACCCCCCCCAUGGCCCCCGCCUACGGCACCCACUUCGGGGGGUACCCCGAGAGCCGCAGCCCCGCACCCUUCCCCCGAGAGCCCUGGAAGGUGUGUGUCAACGUGCACAGCUUCAAACCCGAGGAGCUGACGGUCAAAACCAAGGAUGGCUACGUCGAGGUGUCAGGCAAACACGAGGAGCAGCAGGUGGAAGGAGGGAUCGUCUCCAAGAACUUCACCAAGAAAAUCCAGCUGCCAUACGAGGUGGAUCCCAUCACGGUGUUCGCCUCCUUGUCUCCGGAGGGGCUUCUGAUCAUCGAGGCGCCCCAGAUCCCCCCCUACCAGCAGUACGGCGAGGGCAGCGGCGGCAGCGAGAUCCCCGUCGAGAGCCAGGAGGCCACCUGCACCUGAGCAGCCACCCGCGCCCCGGCACCCCUGUCCCUUGUCCCCUUCCCCGGUCCCUGCCAGCCCCAGGUGACGGGUGCCGCUCGCAGGGAUGGCAGCACUCGCCACCCCAGGUGGAGCCGGGGCACACAGCGGCUGCCAGGCCACCACCCCGAGGGCUUGCAGCCCUCUGAGGUGCCCCUAGAGGUUUUGUGCCCACGGGGCCAAGCAGAAAGGAUGUUCCUCUUCCUUAUGGUUAUUGUUUGUUCCGAAUCGCUCGGAUGGGAUAUUUAUAACAGUAGCAAAAAAGGGCCUGUUUUGUUUUUGUUUUUUUUUUUUUCUUUAAGAUUGACAUGGAAACCUGUAGCUCUUUGUCUUUUCCUCCUCCGUGAGUUUUUUUUUUUUUUUUUUUAAAACUACAUCUCUGCGAAGGACACGCAUCCAGCGGUGGAGCUUGUUGGUGUGGCCUCCAUCCUGAGAAACAGUCCGUGUGCUUUGAACCUUGGUUUUGGGUUUUGGUGUUGGUUUUUUGUUGUUUUUUUUUGUUUUUUUUUUCCUUAUUUCCAAAGAGAAUUUGUGCUUUUACUUGUCAGACCUGAGGAAUAAAACCCAGUUGAUGUUCUUAGCCUUUGCUUGUCUGGGCUGAUCCAGUGGGGUGGGUAUAUGGCUGUGGGAGGGUGGUGGGGAGGAGGGGAAUGUUACAGUGUGCCACCUCCCAGCUUGGCACAGGGCUUCCCCAUGAAGGCAAGGACAAGAGAGAUGUGCAGGGAUGCCUGCACUGCUGGGGGAAUUCCAAAUCCCAGCUAACACUGUGCUGGGAAGGCAUUGGGCCGGGCAAGGACCAUGGGCUCAUCCUGUCCUUAGCUCCUCAGGGAGCUGAAAAUGUUCUUCCUGCAUGGGGAGGCUGUGAGUUGGAAAAGUUGGGUUUGCUCCAUCCCCAUUUCCAUCUCACCGUGCCAGCUCCCCACCUGCAGAUCCACGGGAAGCACUUCCCAGUGGAAUGGCAAAUGGUUUCUGCUGGGUUCUGGGCACAGCCUUAAAACCAUUCCUGGGGCAAAGCACCAUUUGCUAAACCCCUCCAGUGCCUGGGCUUAGCAAAGCCAAGGAAAUUUUCCA